AUGGCGGUUGCAGGUCUAUGGGAAGUGGUGGGAGGCGGAGACGUCGGUGGUAUCAUUGUACGUCAGGGGCCAGAACUCAGCUCACCACAGUGUGAUGCGCGCCUCUCCACUGGUGCCCUGGUGGAGGAGCUCGAGGUACAAGGUGAGAGGCUCUACUAUCGACGUCUUCAAGGUGAAGGCCCAUCCAACCCACGGCCCGGAAUGUGGCUGGGCGACCUGGGCUUCAAAUUUGGAAAGAAGGUGCGCAUCCUUGCUUUGAAGCGAGAAGACUAUCAGAAGUACAACGGCAAGAACGGCGCCAUCAUGGGCUUUGAUCCUGCGAGCGGCCGUUAUUCUGUGAAAGUUGUGAUCCUCAACGACAAAAGUGUUGGCCUUCAAGCCGAAGGCGCCACGUUUCUGCUGCUCAAAGAGGACAACAUUGAGCUUCAUCCCGAUCAGAUAGAGCGCGAUCAAGUCGGAAACGGCGACGAGAUUGUGCUCCUGGGAGCGGGUGAGGCAAAGCGCAAAUUAUACGAAGUCAGGCUGGAUCCGCAGUAUUGGUAUGACAAAGCGAUAGAGAGAGUGCUGGAAGCGCGGAAUGAUUUCGAAGUCUUGGAUCUUCCCCCGCAGCUCAUAACGGAUUUGAGCGUACUCAAGAAGGCUUACAGGAAGAUAUCGUUGUCUGUGCACCCUGACAAGAACAAGCAUCCACAAUCAGCAGAUGCAUUUCGCAAGGUCUACGGAGCUUUCGAGACGCUGAUGGACACAAGACAGCAACGGCGCUUACUCUGGAUUCUCGGCAAGCUAACUCCCGACAUGGAGGAAAAGGUGCUAUUUGACGAGGAAGAGGAAGACGAGCUUUUCCAAUGGUGGUGGGAAGCUACCGUACCAGAGAUUGAGAAGCAAGUUGCAGAGUUUGAGGGCCAGCAGUUCGAUGACUAUGGUGCCAUGUGGAUUUCUGAUGGGCUGGGAGGUGAUGUCGAGGAAGUUAAGUGGAUUGGAUUGGAGACAGCCAAGCGCCUACACAAGGAGGAAGAAGGUGUGAUCUUCAUCGACGUGCGUGACCGCCGGGAUUUUGUGACCGGGCACAUUGCAGAUGCUUUCUGCACGCCUUUGCCUGAAAUUAUAGACUAUGGCCUCGUAAACGUUUUUAUGUCCGCUGAUGACCAGCUGAUACAUAAGCUGCUGAAGCACAGGACCAAGCCAAUCAUUGUCUACAGUGAAGUUGCCACGCCAUUCUCAAGAUGCCGUGCUUUUUGCCGCUGGCUCCUACGAGCCGGGCACCAGACAAUCAAGGUAGAGCGUGUGCGACGACUGCGUGGCGGCAUCUUCGGAUGGAAGCACAAGAAUGGACCAGUGGCUAGACCCCUGCAGGAUUCCUCAUACGAGCUUGUAGACGAGAAAGAGAUGGCCAGUGCUGGCUUGGUGGCUAUGCGAUCUGCUUCUCUUCUAGCUGUAGGGGGCGUCGCAGUGGACUGA